AUACUUCUUGUUUUGACAACAGGAUUUGGCUUUGGAUUGACAUUUCCAGACAGAGAGCAUCACUAUGGCGAAGUUCCUGACAGGGCCAGCUCUUCAAGCUGUUAUAGAUGAAUGCGCUGAACGCCUUCUGGAGGACCCGGAGCUAAAAUCAGCAAUGGAGGAACUAGACAAGGGUAUUUCUAAAUUAUUAGCAGAUAUUAAAGAAGCUGAAAGAGAUGAGCUAAGAAUUAUUGAAGAAUCCAGAGCCAUGUCUAAUAACACCCAGGCUUGCCAAAGUGUUGCUAGUACGAAUGACAGAUUAAGUAGUCCACAAAAUGAUCCUGAUGAUGUCAUUUUUAUAGGAAAAGUUGCUGGUAACACUGUAAAAACACCUCGUAGACAAGCCCGUCCUGAGCUAGUAAAAGACAUGAAAGUGUUAGCGAAGAGAAAAAAAGAUGACUUGUGGUAUGAUGCUACUAUAUUGGAAUUAUUGAGCCAUCAGCUCUCACAAAAAGUGAAAGUGAAGUUUGAUGGAAAAGGUAGCCGUGGGAUCCUUUCACGUAAACAUAUUGCUCUGAAAAAUGAACCAAGGUGGGAUCAGCUCCCUGUAGGCAGCAGGAUCAUUGCAAAAUAUGAGAAUGAUGCUGAUGUAUCCAUGAAGCAAUGUCUGUAUGCAGGAAUAAUUGCAGAAACACCACUGCCUUACAAUAGACAGCAGUUUUUGGUGUUCUUUGAUGAUGGUUUUGCUCAGUAUAUGGACUCUGAUAAAAUCUUCAAUGUCUAUGAAGCGAGUAGGUUUGUGUGGGAAGACGUCCACGAAGACUCCAGGGAAUUUAUAAAGGAAUACUUGGAGAAAUAUCCAGAACGCCCCAUGGUCCGCGUGUCUGAGGGUCAGGUUCUGAAGACAGAAUGGAAGGGUAGUUGGUGGAAAACGCGUGUGUUGAAAGUUCAGGGUAGUCUUGUGAACAUGCUUUUUCUCGUUGAUGAUAGAACUGAAUGGAUCUAUCGGGGAUCGCCACGUCUUGAACCUCUUCACAGAGAAUUGAUGGCUGCUGAGGCUUCCAGGCAAGCAGGCAAAGUGAUACGUGGCACAAGUCACACAUUUUUGAAGCGCAAUGCUCCUGUGGUUGAGUACAUAAAUGUGGAAACGCCGACACUAGUAAACCCAGAAGAACGCUCUAAACAAACAGCUCGUAAGAGUUCCAAAAACCGUAAGCUGUACAGGCAAAAGUAUCAGCAGGGAGAAGGAGACCAGCAAAGGAAAGAAGUAGAACCCAGUAAGCCUGUGCUUCAUUCAGGGAAGCAGGGCCAGAAACGGGAUCUAGGAAGCGCCAACAGCAUACACGCUGGAGAUGCUACCGUAGAGUGCAUAAUAGAUUCAGAUCCCGAAAUCGUUGAUCAUAAAAACAAGCCAGUGUCUAACCUGCAACCAAAGGAGGAUAAAAGCGCAGCAAGCCGGUCACAACCAACGUUAGAUGACAGUUCUAGUGAUAAUAAUGUUUCUUCAAAGAUAUCCAAGAAGCUACCUAACUAUGCCUACAAAACUCAUGUGUGCUGUUACUUGUGUGUAGUGCAGGUCGUAGGUCAAGUAGUUGAUCUUAAAGAUGAAAACCCUCUACGCUGGCCGCAAAUUGUUGGCUGGCAGAGGGAACUCUCUGGUAAGCGUGGAAGUGGAAAGAAGACAGUUUUUUAUCGUACACCGUGCAUGAAACGUCUGAGAAAUCUUGAUGAAGUUAAUACGUACUUAAUGCAGACAUGUAUAGAUUAUCUGUUCAUUGACAACUUCACAUUUGAUCCAUUCGUCUACACCAUUCCAAGAAGUGCAGGACGCUCAAGUUUGUGGUGUAAAGAAGCAAAGGUGGUUAUCAAGGAUAUAUCCAACGGAAAGGAGAUGGUUCCAGUAAUGCUGGUAAAUGAAAUCGACAACGAACGACCUGAUAAAAGUUACAACUACAUUACGUACAGGAAGUGUAACAAAGCCGUCAUAAACACCGAUACUAACUUCUUGGUCUGUUGUGACUGCACCGACAACUGUAAGGAUAAAUCUAAAUGUGCUUGUCAGCAGUUAACAAUUGAAUCUACACGUGCAUCUCAUGAUGGUAAAGUUGACCCAAAUGCCGGGUACCAUUACAGACGUCUGGAGGAACAGCUUCCUACUGGAAUAUUUGAAUGCAACUCAAAGUGUGGGUGUGCUAAGAGUUGUUACAACCGAGUCGCUCAAAAUGGCUUACGUGUCCGUCUACAGGUGUUCAAAACGGAAAAGAGGGGCUGGGGUCUACGAUGCAUUGAUGACAUCCCUGCCGGUAUGUUUAUUUGCACAUACGCCGGAAACUUAUGGACGGAGGAAGAAGCAGAUGACGUUGGUCGCAAGUUUGGUGAUGAGUACUUUGCUGAAUUGGAUUAUAUUGAGGUUGUAGAGAAAAACAAGGAAGGUUAUGAAAGUGAUGUCCAGAGUUCUGAAGGCUACGAAACAGAAUCUUCUGAAUCAAGUUGCAAUUCAGAUGCAGAUUUCCAAGUGUAUGACAGUGCUGGCUCCUCCCCCUAUCGUACCCCCAGUGCUGAUGAGAUCAGUCUUGAUGAAGGCUAUGCAGCAACACACACAAAAAGUGGGACAAAAAUUGUUUUGCGACGCAAAUCUGCAAGUAAUGGAACACAGUCCACAAAAGAAUCAUGGUCUGUUGUGGAGUCACCAGGGAAAAUUCUUCAGAGGGCAACCAGUCUACCAUGUUCUACAGACCAGCCUGAAGAUUCAGCAAAACAAAACCCCAAAAAUUUGGCAAAAUCAUCGAUUGAAAGCGAUUGUAUUAUUAUAAUCUCCUCAGAUGAGGAAGAUGUUGUCCCACCUGCUGCUAAUGAGAAGGUUGUCGUAGGGGAUGUGAAGACUACCACUUGUGAUGACAAGAAUGAUACUAAAGAUGUUGUAAAGAUUGAGAAUGUGUCUAAGGAGGAUGUGAAAGUUGCCAAGGAGAUUGAUAAAGUCAAGGAUAAAGGUCAUGUUUCCGAGGAGGAUAAACCUGGCACAACUACCAGUAACAAGGAUCUCAAAAUGGAGACAGACCUGUCGUCGGAUGCUGACCAUAGUGUUGACAUGAACACAAGCCGGUUGUCUAACCUAGAUUCUGAUGAUCAACAGAAUCUUGAGAAUGCUUUGACUGCCAUGUUUACAGGCCACACAGAUGAUGAGGGAGAGGCUUUGGUGAUUCCAAAGGAGAAGCUAGAUAAAAUAAGAUUCAUAAGGGAAAGUUCUCCAGAAUUAAACACUAUCGGAGGUAUCAAUUACGGCUAUAAUGUUAGUCCGCGACCAGUGCUUGAUAACAAAGCGAUCAUCGCGUACAGGGAACGAAGGCGGAAGAAAAGGUUGAAGCUAGGUGAAACUGAAGAUGACAAAGCUACGUCAGGUAAUAAUGAAGGCACCAAUGAAGAUGCUAGCAAAGGGCCUCUAACAUUAAAACCUAACGAUAGUUUCAAACCACCAACCAGUGAAGAGAACAUAUCAAGUCAACCAAUCACUGAAAGCCUCAAGUCUAAUCAACCAGUCACAGACAGCCUUGAGGUUCGUCAGACAAUCACAGAAGACCAACAGACUAAUGAAGAGUCCAUAUCAACUGAUCAACCUGUAAAGGUUGAAACACCUGAUGAAGCAAUGGACGUACCUGCUCCAGAGAGUUCAAUAGAAAUUAAAGAUGUCAUGUCAAUGGCUGUUGAUAGUGAAGCAUCGUCAUCAGAUAGUGAGGAUGAAAAAGAAAGUAUGGAAUCCUGCGAUGCCUCAAAAACAAGAAAAAUAAGGACUGCAAAAAAAUCAACGCACACACGUUUAGCCCUGACAAAGAGUCCAAGUAUUGCAUCUCAAGAGAUGGCCAAUAUCUCUCUUAAGAAAGCAGAAGAAAUCAAGGCAGAUGAAGAAAAACCAACUUUCCCACGAAGUCGAAGCUUGUUUGGAGAAGAAGAACGCUGCUAUGUGAUGGAUGCAAAAAGAGAGGGAAAUCUAGGCCGAUAUUUUAAUCAUAGCUGUGUUCCUAACUUGUUUGUCCAGAAUGUUUUUGUUGACACCCAUGAUCUGCGUUUUCCCUGGUUAGCUUUCUUUGCGGGACAAAACAUCAGAGCAGGAAGUGAACUCACUUGGGAUUAUGGAUAUGAAGUAGGAAGUGUUGCAAACAAGACUCUAUAUUGCUACUGUUCAUCUGUGGAUUGUAGAGGGCGUCUAUUGUAAAUUCUUAGCUUGGAGUAAACAGUGUAUUUUUAUUUAUGGGCCUCAUAGAUUUAACAUGUAUACAACAUGAUAUUGAGCAUUCCUCCUACUAUGGGCAUAGAUAGAUCUUAGUGGUAGAAAUAUUUCUCAUCCUCCUUUUGUCAGUGCCAAACAGUAAUCCUUUAUUAAACACAAGAAAAUAAUAGGGGAGCACUGCACCAAAUAUUUGUGGUAAGUGUUUGUUUUCAAAAUUUUGGAUUUCCCAAUAAAUAUGUACAUUGAUACAAUUUAUGGUGCUACUAUUGUGGUGCUAUGUAUGCUAUAUUUCAACACAAUAAGAGGCUGAUUUUUAUCCUUUGAAAAACAAAAGAGUCAGUCCACACAGAGCGUACUGUGUACGGCAACAUCAUGCCCACAUUCAAGCAAAUCCCAUGUACUAUAUUUUGCCACAUAAAGCUUAAAGAUACACUGUCUGCGAAAAAAAAAUCAGGGAAUACCUCAAACCUCAUUUAAAAUGAUCAAGAAGAUUAAGCGUUAUAAACUUAAUCAAAAGUGGUGCUAUACACAAAAUCACAGAUUUUAAAGAUAGGAAAGUUACUAAUUUUUUGAAAAGUUUGCUACUACAAGUAGUAAGAUAUAUAAUAAAAUGAAAUCAACCAAUCUCUUCAUGUGACUACUAAGUAAGUAAAAAAAAAGACUUAAACUCAAUAUCAAAUAAUAAGCAAUUUGAAACCAUCUUUGGGACCUGAAAAUUUGGGAGGGGGAGGCCAGGGUUUGGUGUCAAAUUAGAGGGCUAGCUUUUUGUUAAAGAUUGAUUGGUGAUUAUUUGGUUUUUUGAAAAAGUGUUCUCAAAUUAGAGGGGUCUCGAAAUUUGAGGAGCCUCGAAUUGGAUGGUGCACUGCAUUUGAUAGUUAACAAUACUAUAUUAUUAUUAUUAUUAUUAUUAUUUGAUAUUCAGUUUGGUUAAAAUACCAAAUAACAUAGUAACAGUAUUUAAUUUAUCAAUACAUUUGUGAAUUUUUUAUCAGAUUUUAAAAAUAAUUACCUCAAAGAUGUUAGGAGUAAAAUUAUAACUGUAUGAGAAAUUUUAACUAUUAACCU